AUGAGGUUGAAGGUUUAUGAUGAGGAAUUGAAAAUCGAUGUUCGAAACACCAUGAGGUACAAGGAUGAUAUUUGUACUAGUCAUACUAUAGAGGUUCUGGAUCAGGUGACGACAUAUGAUAAUCCUUUGCAUACACCACAAUCACCGUUGGAAAGAGUGUUGAGUUUAUCCAUUUUCGAUUCGGAUAAAGAGGAUUUACGCCUGCCUCAAUCUAGCGAUGAGAAUGAAGAACCAAAGAAGGAAACAGAGUUGAAACAACUUCCUAACAAUCUUAAAUAUGUCUUUCUCGAACCUGAAGGAAAAUGUCCUGCUAUCAUAAACUCGAGCCUUCAAAAUAUCCAAGAAGAAAAGCUCAUCCAAGUCUUGAAAAAGUACAAAAAUGCUAUUGGAUGGGCAUUUGAAGAUUUGAAGGGUAUUAGCCAUACUGUUUGCAUGCAUAAAAUUCUCAUGGAAGAUGACCAUAAAUCGGUAGUCCAACCGCAGAGAAGACUCAAUCCUGCAAUAAAGGAAGUAGUUCGGAAAGAGGUGGUGAAAUUGUUAGACUUGGGUCUUAUAUAUCCUAUUUCUGAUAGCCCGUGGGUGAGCCCGGUUCAUGUUGUCCCUAAGAAAGGGGGGACCACCGUAAUAAAGAAUGAAAAAAAUGAGUUAAUUCCUACUCGAACAAUAAUCGAGUGGCGUGUUUGCAUUGACUACAGAAGGUUGAACACAACAACUAGGAAGGACCAUUUCCCUUUGCCAUUUAUUGACCAGAUGUUGGAGAGGUUUGCCGGGCAUGAUUACUACUGUUUUCUAGAUGGAUACUCCGGGUAUAAUCAGAUUGUUGUAGCUCUGGAAGACCAAGAAAAGACAGCAUUCACAUGCCCGUAUGGGGUUUUUGCUUACAAAAGAAUGCCAUUCAGGUUGUGUAAUGCUCCAACCACCUUCCAACGAUGCAUGGCUUCCAUUUUUGCCGACAUGCUCGAAAAGCAUAUGGAAGACUUCAUGGAUGACUUCUCGGUUUUUGGAUCCUCAUUCGAUAACUGUUUAACUAAUCUCUCUCUUGUUUUAGACAGGUUCCAGAAAAUGAAUUUAAUUCUGAACUACGAGAAAUGUCAUUUCAUGGUGCGUGAGGGGAUAAUGUUGGGUCACAAAAUUUCCUACAAGGGAAUUGAAGUUGACCAAACAAAAGUGGAAGUGAUACCUAAACUCCCACCCCCGGUUAAUGAGAAGGGUAUCAUGAGUUUCUUAGGACAAGCAGGUUUUUACCGCAGGCUCAUCAUAGAUUUCUCAAAAAUUGAAAAAUUGCUGACCACUCUAUUGGUUAAAGAUAAGGCGUUUCUGUUCAACAACGAAUGCCCCAUGGCCUUUGAGACAUUGAAGAGCAAACUGAUUUUAGCACCCAUUGUUAUUGCCCCCAAUUGGUCUCUUCCAUUUGAGAUCAUAUGUGAUGCUAGUGAUAUUGCUAUGAACUACACAACCACUGAAAAAGAGUUAUUGGUUGCGGUUUACGCUUUUGAUAAGUUCAGGAAAUAUUUGUUAGGAUCAAAGGUUGUAGUGUAUACGGACCAUGCCGCUUUGAAAUAUCUGUUUGCUAAACAAGACUCGAAGUCGAGACUUCUCAGGUGGAUCUUACUCCUCCAAGAAUUUGAUGUAGAGAUCCGAGACAAAAGAGGGUGUGAAAACACAGUGGCAGAUCAUCUAUCCUGCAUGUCACCUAUUGAAGAAAUAGAAGAAAAGAGACCGAUAAAGGAUGAGUUCGCUGAUGAACACAUCCUCGUUGUUAUCGGUUUUACUUGUGGGGUGAACCAUUCCUAUACAAAAGAGGAGUGGAUGGGCUGGUCAGAAGAUGUAUCCCGGAGGAGGAGCAAAGGGAUGCACUUAGAGCUUGUCAUGAUUCAGACCAUGGAGGACACUUCAGUGGUAAUCGAACAACGACCAAAGUUCUUCAACCAGGGAAUAGACUUCAUGGGGCCAUUUCCACCAUCCUGUGGGAAAAAUUACAUCUUGGUAGCAGUUAACUAUGUAUCAAUGUGGGUGGAAGUUGUGGCAUUGCCCACCAAUGACUCUAAAGUGGUUGUGACAUUUCUGAAGAACAAUAUCUUUUCGAGAUUCGGGGUGCCAAGAGCACGUAUUAGCGAUGAAGGCACUUACUUUUUGAACAAACUGAUGGAGAAUAUGCUAAAAAAGUAUAAUGUUAAACACAAGAUCGCCACUCCGUAUCACCCUCAAACGAGUGGCCAGGUCGAAGUGUCCAACAGGAAAGACUGGGCAUUAAAAUUAGAAGAUGAAAUAUGGGCGUACAGAACGGCUUUCAAAGCGCCCAUAGAGUUGGAGCACACAUCAUUUUGGGCAUCCAAAUUCUUGAAUUAUGAUCUAGCUAAAGCAGGUGAGUCCCGAAUCCUUCAGCUCCACGAGUUAGAGGAGUUUCGGAAUCAAGCAUAUGAGAACGCCAAGCUCUACAAAGAAAAAACAAAGAAAUGGCACGAUCAGAAGCUGCAGAGAAAGGAGUUUGUCGAGGGACAACUGGUGCUCUUGUUCAACUCCAGAUUAAAGAUUUUUCCAGGAAAGUUGAAAUCCAGGUGGCCGGGUCCAUUUAUGGUUCACAAAGUGUUUCCCCAUGGAGCUAUCAAACUGAAAAAUCCAAAUAAUGGGGAUACCUUCAAGGUAAAUGGACAAAGGUUGAAACACUACUAUAAGUGA